AUGGCCCGAAGAAAUUCGACUCCAGGGUUUCGGUUCCGUCCCACUGAUGUUGAGUUGAUUGAGUUUUUUCUGAAGAGGAAGGUUCGGGGUAAGAACAUUCCUAGCGGAGUGAUCGCCGAGCUUGACUUGUACAAGUAUGCUCCGUGGGAUCUUCCAGAUAAAUCUGUGCUCCAGAGUGGGGAUUUGGAAUGGUACUUCUUUUGCCCGCGGGGGAAGAAGUAUUUGACUGGAGGGAGGUUGAAUCGUGCUACGGAGGCUGGGUACUGGAAGACUACUGGAAAGGAUAGAGAGAUUGAACACAAGAAUCGAGUUGUGGGGAUGAUUAAAACUCUGGUUUUUCACACCGGUAAAGCCCCUAAGGGAGAUCGGACUGAUUGGGUUAUGCAUGAAUUUAGACUUGAUGACAAGGACAUGGUUGAUGAAGGAAUUUCGCAGGACUCCUAUGUAAUUUGUAGAGUAUUUCAAAAGGAAGGUCCUGGUCCUAGGAAUGGUGCACAAUAUGGUAAACCAUAUGAUGAGAAAGACUGGGAUACAGAUGAGGAAAUUGACUCUGAACAAUCUGCCGGUGUUGUUUCUGUGUCUGCACCUGUUCCUAUACAACCUAGUGAAAGUCAUAUUUCUGUUGCAAAUGACAUCCAUACCUCUACAAGUGGAUGUGUUGGAUUGUCCUCUCUAUCAUCUGCAUCAAAAUUGAUACCUUCUUGCUCAGCACAUCCUGCAGCUCCCAACAAUCAAGCUGACUCUGUAUCACAUGUAUCAGAAUUGAUGCCCUCUUGCUCAACACUUCCUUUUGCUCCAAACUAUGAAGUUGACUCUGUAUCACGUGUAUUAAAAUUGAUACCCUCUUGUUCAAUUCCUUUUCCUCCAAACUCUGAAGUUGACUCUGCAUCAUGUGUAGCAAAAUUGAUACCCUCUUGCUUGGCACUUACUUCGGCUCCAAACACUGUAUCAGAACUGAUUCCCUCUUGCCUAGAACAUCCUUCGACUUCAGCUCCAAACCAUCAAGUUGAUGAUAACAUUUUAUCUUUGCUAGAUUAUUUCAAAGAAGAUGAUGACACAUUGGCUAUGAAUGAAAACAAUGGAAUUGAGAAGGUUGAUACUGAUCAUGCGAACAAUGGUGAAGGUGCACCAUGUUUGGAUCCAGAUGUGAUUUUUGAGAACUUAGGAGACCUUGGCAGCUUGGUUGGAUUGGGAGAUGGCAGUUUUUCCUGUGGCCAGAAAAAUAGACUUUCCACUAGCGAUAUGCUUUAUACAGGUGGUGAUGAUAUGCUCGGGUCUUGGGAACCUCAAGACUUCUUGGAGUUGAUGGACCUAGAGGGGCCCCAAUCCUGGCAGAAUAAACUUGGCAGUUCUAGCGAAGACAAGUAA